GGCCUCUUCCGCUGAGCGGGGUUUUCAAGAUGGCGGAUGAUGGCGAGCAGCAGACCACCAACACUGUGGAGGAGCCCCUGGAUCUGAUCCGGCUGAGCCUCGAUGAGCGCAUUUAUGUGAAGAUGAGGAAUGACCGAGAGCUGCGGGGACGGCUGCACGCGUAUGAUCAGCACUUAAACAUGAUUCUGGGAGAUGUAGAAGAAACCGUCACCACCAUAGAGAUCGACGAGGAAACCUAUGAGGAGAUCUACAAGUCCACGAAGAGGAACAUCCCCAUGCUUUUUGUUAGAGGCGAUGGCGUUGUGCUGGUCGCUCCUCCCUUGAGGGUUGGCUGAGCCCUGGAGUACCUCGGGGUCCACAACACAAGGAUAUCCAGACUUCCCGUGACUCCUUGCCUGUGCCGGUACAUUGGUCUUGUCUUGCUGCGACCUGUGUUCAUGUAGUAAGAUGAUUCUAAUCUACGACCCACCUUAUGGAUCUUUUCUUCCAAUAUGUAUAUUUUUCUUUUUUUAAGAUUUUUCUUAACUGCUCUCACGUUCUUGGCAGAUGCUGCAGUUUACUUUUGUUUUAAAUUGGGGAAUCUUUUCUGGAAGUGAAAAACUUAAGUUUUAUAUUGAAAGCCAGUGACAGAAAUCGGAUACAGGUUUUACUGUAUUCAGGAAGAUUGCUUUACUUUUGGGAAUUUCCAUUAAAGAUCACUGGUGCCGACGUUG